AUCCUCAACUCUACUAUAUAUUUAUGUGCUCUCUGCUUCACUAUGGGAGCUAGGCCAAAGUUAAAAGUAAAGCCUUAACUUCUCUCCCUUCUCUCAAUCAUCACCACCACCAUCACUCCACCCCCAAAACACCUACCAAUUAUUAACGUCCUUCAUUAAUUCAAUCAUUUUAUAUAACAUGCCUCAGCUCAACUGCAUAGUACCAAAACCUGAACAUGGUGGCACUAGUGAUCCACUGGAAGGUGGUCUCAGUCUGACAGAGAUGUCGUCCGAGUCUCAGAACAUGGCUAUCCUUGCCUUUCCAGUACAGCCAAAGCCACUCCAGCCCCCCUUGUAUCAUAUAACUCUCAAGUUUGAAGAGGUGGUGUACAAAGUGAAAUUAGAGCAGGGACGAUCUUGCUGGGGUGGUACAUGGGGCUCCAGAGAAAAGACUAUAUUAAAUGGAAUCACUGGUAUGGUAUGUCCUGGAGAGCUGCUAGCCAUGCUAGGGCCUUCAGGAAGUGGCAAAACCACUCUUCUAAGUGCUCUAGGGGGCCGUCUCAACGGCAAGUUGUCUGGAAAAAUCACCUACAAUGGCCAGCCUUUUUCUGGUUCCAUAAAGAGAAGAACAGGGUUUGUUGCUCAGGAUGACAUUUUAUAUCCACAUCUCACUGUCACCGAAACACUUCUUUUCACUGCACUUCUCAGGCUUCCCAAUACCUUGAGCAGGAGUGAUAAACUCCAACAUGUGGAACAAGUUAUAACUGAACUGGGGUUAACUAGAUGCAGGAAUAGCAUGAUAGGAGGACCACUUUUGAGAGGAAUAUCAGGAGGGGAGAAAAGGAGAGUAAGUAUAGCUCAAGAAAUGCUAAUUAAUCCGUGCUUAUUAUUGUUAGAUGAGCCAACCUCAGGUUUGGACUCAACUACAGCUCAAAGGAUCCUAACUACAAUCAAAAGGCUAGCAAGUGGAGGUCGAACCAUCAUAACCACCAUUCACCAGCCAUCUAGCCGACUCUAUCACAUGUUUGAUAAAGUAGUUUUGCUAUCAGAAGGCUCCCCAAUCUAUAAUGGUGCGGCAUCUACAGCUAUGGAGUACUUCUCCUCCAUUGGUUUCUCCACAUCCAUGACUGUGAAUCCAGCUGAUCUCUUACUUGAUCUUGCCAAUGGAAUAAGCCCUGACUUCAGGCACUCAACUGAGCAAGGUGAGAACAUCGAACAAGAGCAGAAGUCUCUUAGGGAAAAUCUCAAAUCUGCUUAUGAAAAGAACAUUUCCACAAGAUUAAAAGCUGAACUUUACAGUUCGGAAGUCAAUAACUACAGCCAUACAAAAGAUGCUUCCACAAGAAAUAACGGGAUAGCAGAGCAAUGGUGCACAAACUGGUGGCAUCAGUUCAGAGUGCUUCUGCAGAGGGGGGUGAGAGAAAGGAGGUAUGAAGCUUUCAACAAGCUUAGAAUUUUCCAAGUCAUUAGCGUUGCUGUACUUGGUGGACUCCUAUGGUGGCAUACUCCGACUUCUCACAUUGAAGAUAGAAUUGCAUUGCUCUUUUUCUUCUCAGUGUUCUGGGGCUUCUAUCCUCUCUACAAUGCAGUUUUUACAUUUCCCCAAGAAAGAACAAUGCUAAUCAAGGAACGAUCUUCUGGAAUGUAUCGCCUUUCUUCCUACUUUUUGGCGAGAACAUUUGGGGACCUGCCACUGGAGCUUGCCCUUCCAACUGCAUUUGUGUUCAUAAUUUAUUGGAUGGGUGGCCUUAAAGCUGAUCCCAUUACUUUCAUCCUAUCCUUACUUAUUGUCCUUUACACAGUCCUUGUUGCUCAAAGUCUUGGCUUAGCCAUAGGAGCUAUUCUGAUGGACAUAAAACAAGCCACUACUUUAGCCUCAGUUGCAACUCUCGUUUUCCUGAUAGCUGGAGGAUACUACGUUCAACAAAUCCCACCUUUCAUAGUGUGGCUCAAGUACUUGAGCUAUAGCUACUACUGUUACAAGCUUCUACUUGGGGUUCAAUACAGUGAGGAUGAUUAUUAUGAGUGCUCAAAGGGGGUGUUAUGCAGGGUUGCCGAUUUCCCUGCUGUCAAGUCAAUGGGGCUGAACCAUUUAUGGAUAGAUGUAUGUAUUAUGGCUCUGAUGUUGGUGGGUUAUCGAUUGGUUGCUUAUAUGGCACUGCAUCGAGUGCAAUUGAGGUAAAUUUAGCACAGGUCACAUUCCUUCAAAUAUGACCAUUUGAAGAGUUUUCUCCUUCUUCAACUGAGGAAUAAUGCUAGGCUUAGAUGGGAAUCAUGUAUGACAUUGAAUCAAUAGCCUUUUUAUUGUAGUUUAGAUAAUACUAACUUGAAGCUUUACUUUGAAAAUAAAAUUAUACCAUUCUCAACAAAAUCAUUUCACUUUAGAACAAAAAGAAAGAAAAGUACAUACAUUUUCUUUGCGAGAAUAAGAAUACAUAACCUUAAAGCCCUCUUAUCUUAAGAAUGAUUUUGGGAUGAAUUGAGCUUCUCAAACCAAAAGCAGUUUCAGUUUAACAAACAAAGAAGUAACAAAUACUUGUUAGAAGAAAUUAUGAAUGAUAUUGAGAAAACCAGGCAAGGAUCAUUGAAGUUGGGUGGAGAGCCAUGCAAAUGAGAAAUGACAUAAAAAGAAUCCUUGUCAUAUUUCUACUUGGAUAUGGUGCACAAUCCACCAAAAAUCUCCUUCUCUCUGAAACAAUGGCAAAGGACAAGAAAGGUGAGUCCUAUCAAGUCCUUUUCUUCCCCACGGGAAUUGUGGAAUUCAUAUGAGCAUUGAGAAGUGGCAAUCUGAGUAGGCCAUAGCUUCAAAUUAAGGAACAGAAUAAACCAAGUAGCCAGAUAGUCAAAACUAAGUCGGCAGAAUAAGUCACUGUCCACCCUGAUGAUACUCUAUUUAUCGGAUCAAGCAAGGAUCAUAACCCAAUCAUAGUAAUUUCAAACGAUCUUGUUACUCCGUUUGGAGAAUUUGGGCCAAAAGUCCAUCCUACACAGCAAGACAGCUAGGCUAGGAUUUUAAAACAAAAUGCCCCGUCGUGGACCCGAUCUGGGCCAGAGGUCAAUUUGAGAUCGAAUUGAGUUCAAAAUGUUUGGGCUUCAACAAGUAGUCUUUUCGGUGCGAUUUAGGGAACCAUCAGUGAAGGAAAACCAAAGCAAAUUGAAAUAGAUGGCUGCGAGAGAAGGAAGCAAAGCAGCGAUGACGGCGGUGAAGGGCGGAGCCGUUAAAUUUAGUGGUGGGCCUUCGAAAGCCAAGGCCAAAGCCAAAACCAAAACCAAAACAGUUUUGCCUUCUCCUUCUUCUGAGUUGGGCAAGUUCCUAAAUAUUCCCGUGACGGCUCGUUCCGAAACUUCCAAAUUGAUCUCCAAGUUCAUCAAACUCAACAAUCGCCAGAACCCUGGAAUGAAGAAGGACAUGCUUGGUGAGGAGAAGUUGAGGUCUAUAUUGGCUGGGAAAGACAGAGUUGGUAUUCCAGAGAUUGCCAAAUUGCUGUCUGGGCAAUUUGUGAAAACGCAACGAUAGUUGGCUGGGCUUAAUUUCAUUUGAACUUGUGGUGUAGUCAGAAAUAUGAUGUAGAAAUUGAAUAACAUAAUUCCAUGGGCAUUUUUAUUUGAAGUUGUCAGACAUUCAGUGUAUGGUUUCAAUCUUUUUUUGUUAAUUUCUUAAGUUACUAUAGUUUUUUGGGAAAGUUUUCUGCUUCCUCAAUAGAAUUGUAUUCUAGACAAAAUACCUGGAAGCUUAGGAUGAAGGUUCUGUCUUUGUUUCUAAUGCCCCAUUAGUUCAUUUAAUUUUGAAGAGCUUAGAAAUUUUUUAUGUGGGAAAAAAUCUAAUGUAGAAAGCAAGCCUGCUGGAGAAUGAGAUGCUGUGCUGAUACAUAUGAUAAGGCUAUUGAGGAUGACUGAACAUUGGCAAACAAUCAUAUUCACAGGGCUGCUUGCGCUUGUUUCUGUGAUAAUUUGCUAAUUGGAAGCCAUAACUUAGAAUCAAAAAAGCCAUGGAGCUCUGAAUUUGAAUUUGAUAACUAGGCAAACCAGAAUGAGAGAAACUAUAUAGCUAGAGGAGGAAGAGUAGAACCUGUUGUACUUUCAGAAAAGAACAAUGCUUCCCAUGUGCCUAAUAUUAAAGUCUAUUUAUAUGUCA